AUGGGCAAGUUGAAGAUCACGGUGGACCUGGAGUGCGGCCGCUGCAGCACCAAGAUCCAGAAGGUCCUGUGCUGCAUCCAAGAGCGAUGCGAGUUCGUGAUCGAGAAGGUGGAGUACGAGAAGGACAAGGUGACCGUUUCCGGGCCCUUCGACGCCAACAAGCUCAGCUGCAUCCUCUGGGCCAAGGCCUGUAGGAUCAUCAAGAACAUCGAGAUCGUCAAAGAAAAGGAGCCCGAGCCCAAGCCCAAGCCCAAUUGCAAGCUGGUAUACUCGUGCCCUUAUCCGUGCCCACAGCCCGGCCCCGGCGCGUGGCCGUGCAGCUGCCCCACGCCGAACUGUGGUUGCCACCAAUCCAAGCCACCGCCACCGAAACCACCGGCGUGCCAGUGCCCGGCGUGGUCGUCGUCGUGUUACUGCGGCAGCUGCCAGCCGUACAUGCCUCCGCCCAGCUGCCAGCCGUGCAUGCCGUCGACCUGCCCGGCGGGGUCGUCGUCGUGUUGCUGCGGUGGCGGCGGCGGCUACCAGUGCCAGCCGUGCAUGCCGUCGCCCUGCCCGCCGCCCUGCCCGCCGCCCUGCCCGCAGCCAUGCCCGCCGCCCUGCCCGCCGCCCUGCCCGCCUCCAUGCCCGCCGCCCUGCCCGCAGCCAUGCCCGCCGCCCUGCCCGCCGCCCUGCCCGCCUCCAUGCCCGCCGCCCUGCCCGCAGCCAUGCCCGCCGCCCUGCCCGCCGCCCUGCUCGGCUCUGCCGUACCCGAUGCUUGUCUGCGAGGACAACCCGCCGACCUGCGCCAUCAUGUAA